GUGUGUGUCAGCUGCGUCCGCGGAAUGUGCGACGUGUCUCCGUCACCAGCGCCUCGGACCCAGUGUGUGCCUCUCUGAGCUCCUGCGCACAUCCAGCCCGCUCUGCUGCGCCUUUCCCUGCUGCGCCUCUGUGUGCCGCCGCUGGAUUCGCGUCCUGGUUUUUGAAGGUGACUUUGUUUCGAGAUGUCCUCCUCCGCUGCGCCUCCUCUCUCUCUCUCCACCCUCCCCUUCUCCUCGUUCAGCUCUUUCCCAUCAGCCUCAGCGGCUCCGGGUCUGGAGGUGAAUGGUACGGCGUGUUCGGAGUGGGAGCACGCCCACCACCUCCUCUUCCACCUGGGGAACCUGGCUCUCCUGCUGGGCCUGGUGAUCCCGACCACUGUGGCUCUGCACAUGAUCCUCCUGAGGCUACUGCUCGUGACGGGUUGUGGCGUGUUCAUCGUGUGGGCGACUCUGUAUCGCUGUCACCUCGACGUCCUCGUGUGGAACAUCAUCUUCCUCAUCGUCAACUUCAUGCACCUCUUCUUCCUCCUCUACAAACGCCGACCAAUAAAGAUCGACCGUGAGCUCAGGUCAGUGUACAAACGCAUGUUUGAACCCCUCCACGUCAGAGAGGCACUGUUCCAAAGAGUCACAGGACAGUUCUGCACCAUCCAGACCCUCAAAAAGGGCCAGGCCUACGCCGUGGAGGACAAGACAUCUGUGGACGAGCGGCUCAGCAUCCUGCUCAAGGGAAAGAUGAAAGUUUCUUACCGGGGCCAUUUCCUGCACAACAUCUACACAAACGCCUUCAUCGACUCACCGGAGUUCAGGUCCACGGAGAUGCACCGAGGAGAGAGAUUUCAGGUGACCAUCAUGGCGGAGGAGAACUGUAAGUUCUUGUGCUGGUCCAGGGAGCGGCUGACCUACUUCCUGGAGUCAGACACGUUUCUGAAUGAAGUCUUCAGAUAUCUGAUCGGGAAAGACAUCACCAACAAACUGUACUCCCUCAAUGACCCCACCCUCAGCGACAAGGCGGUGAAGCAGAUGGACCGUCAGCCCAGCCUGUGCUCUCAGCUCUCCAUGAUGCAGAUGAGGAACAGUUUGGCGAGCACCAGUGACACUGACGACGUGCUGCACCAGAUCCUCAGAGGAGGCUCCGCUGGAUCCUCCCUGCAGAAAUCUCCGAGCACCAAAACAUCGACAAAGAUGAAGCCGAUCGCAGAGGGUUUGGAGGACGAUGUUUUUGAGGAGACCGGAGCUAAAGGCCGCCGUGUGUCCAGCACGUCCACUGAGGAGGUGUGACCUGCCCCAUGGGUCACUGUAGAGUCCACCUCCAGGGGUCACCUCCAGGGGUCACUGUUAAGGCAAAAUUACAUCAGCACUAAACACAGAAUGACUGAGUUCACACAAGUCCUGGUUUAGUCCUGGUCUAGUCCAGGUUUAAGCAUAUUUAAGUCUGAUGUAGACUUUUAGGUUCUCGUCUAGGUCUUAGUCCCUAAGCCAGGGACUAUAAAAAAAAACCCUUAAUCUCAUUAAAGUGACAUAGUGCUGUAAGUUUAAGACACCAGCAGGCCCCUGUAGUGGAGAUGGAGACUCUCUGAACAGUUGUUUUAGGAGACUGGACAUGCUUUUGUCUUGUAUUUUAUUUCACUUUGUUUGAAGACGUCACUGUGUUUUGCACUCAUGUUUGUCGGCAGCUCCGAUGACUCUUGUAAAGGUACAAAAUGUGUUUAUUGAAAACUGAGUUCAGUUGUUGGAUUUUUAUUUAAAUAAAUCUUUUUGAAAAGA